GUCCUCGGAACUAAGUGGAAGACGUACUAGUAAUGACCGUGACACAGCGCUAUUAUUCCAAAGUAGGGGGCAGGCGAGCAGGGGGUGGAUCAGGCGAUGAUCUGAGGGUGGAAGGCAAGGGAUGGAGGCAUUAGAAAAGGAGGCGGAGGAUGAUGGGAUGGUACGGGAUGAAUGAAUGAAUAAGACGAGCAAUGAGAAGAUAAUGGCCAGGAUGGUGAUCAGCGUCGUCAAACAGAGGGCCAUGUGCGCAUCUAUGCCCCGAUCUGGCAGACGGCGUUGCGCAUGCCUGCUGCAAUUUGGCAAAGGAAAAGCUACGGGGUCCCAGCGACAGCAGUGCUACACAUUGGCUCUGACGCUCCUAUUGUUGCACCUAGCACACCCAAGUCAGAGCCGCAACAAAGAACAGACCCCUCUCUCUCCAUCCAUGACCGCCCUCGCAGCAGCCUAUCUUUGCGCAAUAUAUCCGCCGAUCCGACAGAACAGCGCCUUGUCGCCUUCAUCAGGCAGCUUCACUCACAUCUCUACAGGAUCGCACUUGCUGCGUUCCCAAAACGAGGUUGGGCAAACCCCCAAAGCACUGAAGACGCGUCCAGGCACACACCUGUCCACACCUUGUUCAAUUUAACCUCCCUUCAC